AUGUCACAUCCGUUUUACGACUGUGGCCCUUGCCGUACGGCAGAGGUCAUUGAGGAGACGCCAUCCUGUCCGUCCCUCUCCCCAGCUCAAUUCUCCGGCAUUGACAUGCUCCGUCAGGCUGCUAGGCUCAGGCCGUGCGUCCGGCUGAAGCCCGGCUCCCGGCCCGAGCGCCGGCCGGCGAUUGCGGGGCUCGGUUUCGGGCCGCCUCCUUCUCGCUGCUGGGCCUCGCUCACCGCCUGCGGGAGGCAGGGCCCCCGGUCCCAGCACUUUCUGCUGCCCAAGAGCGCGUUACCGGUCACGGCCACAGCCAGGAGAUGGUACAGCCUCCCCCCACAUCAGUUGGUGGCAUUGCCUGCUCUGUCUCCCACAAUGCAAAUGGGAACUAUAGCCCGGUGGGAGAAGAAGGAAGGUGAUAAAAUUAAUGAGGGAGAUUUAAUAGCAGAGGUGGAAACGGACAAGGCAACUGUGGGCUUUGAGAGUCUGGAAGAAUGUUAUAUGGCGAAAAUUCUAAUGCCAGCUGGAACACGAGAUGUGCCACUUGGUGCGAUCAUCUGCAUCACAGUUGACAAACCUGAGGAUAUUGAAGCUUUUAAGGAUUACACACCAGAGGCAGCAGCAGCUUCUGGCCCACCACCCCCAGCAGCUGCUGCAACCCCUUCCACAACCUCCUCUCCACCCAAAGCUCCAGGCAGUUCUUAUCCUCCCCACCUGAAGAUUGCCCUACCUGCUCUUUCUCCAACAAUGACAGUUGGUACUAUUCAACGAUGGGAGAAGAAGGUGGGCGAAAAGUUGCGUGAAGGCGACCUUAUAGCUGAGAUUGAAACAGAUAAAGCAACAAUAGGUUUUGAAGUAAUGGAAGAAGGUUAUUUGGCCAAGAUUCUGAUACCUGAGGGUACCCGGGAUGUUCCUCUUGGGACAACGCUGUGCAUCAUUGUAGAAAAGGAUUCGGACAUUUCAGCAUUUGCUGAUUAUGUGGAAACAGGAGUUGCUGAUAUUAAGCCUCAACCACCACCUCCAAUUCCACCUGCCUCUGUUGCGCAACAGCCUGCGGCAGCACCAAGUGUAUCUCCACCAGUCAAACCCAGAGAUCCCAAAAGUCGGGUCUUUGCUAGUCCUUUGGCAAAGAAACUAGCAGCUGAUAAGGGCAUUGAUCUCAAACAAGUGAAAGGUACUGGACCCGAUGGUCAAAUCAGGAAAAAAGACAUUGACUCAUUUGUGCCUUCAAAGGUUGUCCCAACUCCCACUCCAGCUGCUCCUGGGGUAGCGCCAGUACCCACUGGAACAUUCACAGAUAUUCCUCUCUCCAAUAUACGAAAGGUUAUCGCCCAGCGUCUUAUGCAGUCCAAGCAGACUAUCCCCCAUUAUUACCUAUCUAUAGAUGUCAACAUGGAUAAUAUUCUGGAACUUAGAAAGCAGUUGAAUGAGGAAGUCAAAUCCGAAAACAUUAAGCUGUCAGUGAAUGAUUUCCUCAUAAAGGCUUCAGCCUUGGCAUGCUUAAAGAUUCCUGAAGUUAAUUCGUCUUGGCUGGACACAUUUAUCAGGCAAAACCAUGUUGUGGAUGUUAGUGUGGCUGUGAGCACCGCUGCUGGUCUGAUUACUCCCAUUGUGUUUAAUGCACAUAUCAAAGGACUUGCCUCCAUCAGUAAUGAUGUGAAAUCCCUAGCUGAAAAAGCUCGUGAUGGAAAACUCCAGCCCCAUGAAUUUCAGGGUGGAACAUUUACAAUAUCUAACCUAGGAAUGUAUGGUAUAAAGAACUUUUCAGCCAUUAUCAACCCACCCCAAGCAUGUAUUCUUGCUGUUGGUGGAUCAGAAGAAAGACUACUUCCUGCAGAAAAUGAGAGGGGAUUUACUGUUUCCAAUAUAAUGGCGGUAACCCUGAGCUGUGACCAUCGUGUUGUGGAUGGAGCAGUUGGUGCCCAGUGGCUAGCCGAGUUCAAGAAGUUCCUUGAAAGGCCAUCUACCAUGCUGUUGUAAAUCUCAAGAACUGGUGUUUAUUUAAGUGACAAGUCUUUUUUUUCCAAGGUGGUUUUAUUUAUGAAUUCCAGUAUCUGCACGAUUUCCUUAUUCCUGUUAUCCUUGUGACACUAUAAAGUAUUUGUACAACAGUGAAACGGAGGUAUGCAGUUGAACUCAAAUUCGUAGUAAAUUGAAGAAAAACAUGAUAGUGUUUUCCAGUUCCAGGUCUUGUAGUGUCUAUUAGUAUUGUAACUGAAUUCCUACCUGAUCAUUUACCUAAAUGCAGCACCCUCCCAUGUUCAGAUGCCACAAUCUAGAAAGGAAGUGAAACUAGUACCAGUACCAAAAACCUGUAACUUAUUUAAAGCUACAGGAGACUUUUUUUUUUUCUUAUUUUGAAGAAAAAUCAGAAUCCAAUGUGAAAGGUUUUCUCCGCUUUCUGUAAAAGCAGUCUCCUGGAACACCCUGGGUCAUGUGGAAUUGGUAGCAGAAGCAGUGUUAAUCCUCACUAGGUACAGGGCAUCUUUAUACAUUUCUGAUCUGAAAUCAGAGUGCUGAGGUACAAGAUUAACGGCAUACCUUCUAGUCCAAUAUUAUUAGACUAACUAUGUUACAAUGACCUGGAAUUAUUUUGAAAGUAAAUACCAUACAUGAAAUUAUUUGUGUUGUACGUUAGUACUUAUUAACCAGACGAGAAUUACAAGAUUUUCCCCAUUCUUAUGUACAAGAUAACAAAUUAUUGAAAGUAGGUUAUCCCCUAGAAUAAAAUUAUGCAUCUUUAUAAGCCCUUUGGAAGUGUAAGUCGCAAUUAUUACUAUACAUAAUAUGAAAUUCAAAAUGCAAAAGAACAGUUUUCAACGUGUUUAUGUUGCUCAUGUGCCACAUAAAUAUAUUUCAUUGCUGAUAACUGACUAAUUAGUAUUAAAUUCUGACAUUUUAUCAAAUGCCAGAAUUGUUCCUUCCUUAGCGUUUUUGAGUUUGGUGGCUCUGAUUACAGCCCUGUUUAAGAUUGGCCGAGUCUGAGUAAAUUUUGAAGUAUUAUAUCUUAAUGCAGACUUCAAAAAUUUAUGUUUCCAGUCAAUUUUUAGUCUUUUUAUGGUAGUGUCACUGUAAUCAGUACCUGCUUUGUUCCAGUUUGCGCAUGCCUUGUUUAGUGCAGCCAGGUAACUGCACACAAAGUAAAUUGGAGUUAACAGAUGGUUAUAUUUGUCCUGAUUUUAGUCCAGUCUUUCUGAAUUCCACCAUCAUUUUGAAUGGGUCACAGGCAACUAACUAAAAAGUAAAAGUUUCAGAAAAUAGUCUGCCCAAACCUGUUUAAAUUCUUUAAUUUGUGUUCUGAGUGCAGUGCAGGCCAAUUCAUUUGUUUACUGCCUAAAUGAUCUGUUGAUCAUUCUUACCAGUCCAGAUACUGUAUUUCAUGCCUUAUUAUUUAAUAGACCUAACAGCAACUAAACAAAUAGGAAAGGGGGGGGAUAAAAGCUGAAACUUGAAACCAAAUUAAAUGUAAGAGUACUGUACAAUAUCUAACAUUUGUAUGUCAGUUGGUGUUAACAAUAAAAUGCCAUAUUGUUCACUAAUA